AUGUCGAGCCAGGAUUUUAAAAUUACUUGCGCAGAGCCUUUUAGUAAUACAGAUACACUUGUAGGGUCAUUUGAUGAAAAAACCGAAAUAUGCACUCGUGAAGAAACUAAAAUAUGCUCUCAUGAAGUUACCGCACAAAACGGUCGAAUGAUCCGUAAAGGCCGUUAUCUUCCCUAUGUGAAAUUAACACAUGAUGAGAAGACUCGUAUUUAUGAAAUUUAUCAUAAGCUUGGCCGUCGCCCAGUCCACGCCGAAAUAGCGCGUAGGUUAAGCGAAGGACGCAAGGAUGAAAGUAGUAUCCGUAUUAAAACCGUAAUGGCAGUGGAUGCUUUAAUAAAUGAGGUUGAAAGUGGCUCGGUUAAUUUAAUAAACAAAAAUGAUAUGAGCCCGGUUGAUUUAACAA